AUGCCCAAGCCACGUACCAAGCGCGGCGAAGAGCGCAAGCGGAAGCGCAACGACGACCAGCCAGCCGCCAAUGCGUCCAAGCGCUCCCGCCGCGAGGAUCUCGAACAUGAAGAACCCGGCCACGCCCACCCAGAACAACCCGCCCUCUAUGGCGACUCGCUCCACCACGAAGAGGCCCCCGAGACCGAGUUCUUCGGCAUGCUCAACGAGGAGGAGCAGGAAUACUUCCGACACGCUGACGAACUCCUGGAGCUAAACCAGUUCCCCAGCCCCGACGAUCGCGGCCUGUUCAUCACGUCCGUCUUCAACGAGGCCAAGGGCAAGGAACUCAAGAUUGCGUCCUCGCAGAGCUGCUCCCGCCUGAUGGAGCGACUCAUCCAGCUGGCGGACACUGCGCAGAAGAAACAGCUCUUUGCAGCCUUUGCGGGGCACUUUCUCAGUCUCGUGCAGCACCGGUUCGCGAGUCACUGCUGCGAGGCGCUGUUCCUCCGGUCGGCGGGCGCCGUGAGCGAGGACCUGGGCGGUGACACUGUGUCGUUUGUGGUGGAUACGACAAAGGGGGGCAACGGGGCGGAAGUCUCGCCCGCGCAGUCGAUGGAGUCGUUGUUUCUCGAGACGUUGGACGAGCUCGAGGGGAGCCUGGCGUUCCUGAUCACCGACCGGUUUGCGUCGCACACGCUGCGCGUUCUCCUGCUGGUCCUGUCGGGCCGGCCGCUGGAUGAUGCGGCCGCCAAGACGUUGCUGAAGAGCAAGAAGAAGGAGAACGUCUCCGUGGCGGGCGCCGCGGCGGCCGACGAGGCCAACCACGGGCCCAGGGUCGUGCCGGAGAGCUUCACCAUGGCUGUGCAGAAGAUCAUCUCGGACUCGAUGGAGAACGUUGACGCGACGAGUCUGCGCGUCCUCGCGAAACACCCCAUUGGCAACCCGACGCUGCAGCUCCUACUCGAGCUGGACCUCACCCUCAACAAGUCCGACGACCACAAGCCGACACUUCUCUUCCGCCUGCUACCCGACGCGCCCAAGUCACUGGGCGACGAGUCGUCGGAGGCGAGCGAGUUUAUCAACGGCAUGGUGUACGACCAGAUCGGCUCGCGACUGGUCGAGACGCUGAUCACCCACGCACCGGGCAAGGUGUUCAAGGCCAUGAACCAGAACAUCUUCCUGCCGCGGAUACAGGGCUACGUCCGAAACGACGUGUCCUGUUAUCCGGCGAUUCGUGUGCUGAACCGCCUCGGCAAGGAUGAUUUGGUGAAGGCCGUGGCGCAGAUCGAGCCCACCAUCCCCCAGCUCGUGAGCAAGACGCGAUACAACGUCAUCCGCACGUUGUUCGAACGCUGCGUCGCGCGCGGGCUCAACGAUGAGGUCAAGAAGCUCAACAAGGGCCUCAAGGAAGGGUGUGGACCACAGCCCGCCGAUCUCAUCCGCACCCUGUGCCUCCUACAGGACGAUGAGGCAGCGCCAGACGGUAAGAAGAAAAAGCAGGACACCACCCAGCUGGCACGCAACGAAUACGCCAUUCAAUCGCACGGCGCCCAGCUACUGACCACCCUCUUCACCAUCCCCGGUCCGGCCAAGGGCGUGCAGGAAGCGCUGCUCGCCUUGCCGGGUGCGCAGCUGCUCAAGCUCGCGCAAGCGUCCAUGCCUGCGGUGACGGUGCUCACCACGGCGUUCAACACCUCCUGCCCCAACAACCCAGGUUUCCACAAGACCCUCACCUCCACCCUCGUGCUCCCCCACACUGGCGCGCUGGCCACGUCGCAGUACGGCCACAACAUCCUGACCACGCUCGUCGAGGUCCCUAGCAAGGGCAAGGAGCGCAGCCUGCCGUUCCACAUGAAGGAGGCCGUGAUGGACAAGCUGGGGCAGAUGGAGGCGGAGCUGCGCAGCAGCUGGAUGGGACGCAGCGUGUGGCGAUCAUGGAAGGGCGACAUGUGGAAAACGAGGAGGGGCGACUGGAAGGUGUGGAUGAGGGAGGUCGAUGUUCCUGCGCAGGGUACGAUGAGCGCGAACAAGGUGGCCGUCAAGGGGAGGCGGGAGAAUGGAAGGGAAAAGGCGAUGGAUGAGCAGCCUGCUUCUGCGGAGGUGGUUGUCGAGGAGACGGUCGCUGAGGAGACGGAGCCACAGGAGAAUGGCGAUGUGAUGGAUGUUGAUGGGCCUGAAGCUGUGGAGGAGGAGCCCUCCGAGGCGGUGGCACUUGAGGAUGGAGAGUCCUUAGAGGCCAAGCCCAAGAAGGACAAGAAGAAGAAGAAAAAGGACAAGACUGGCGCGGACGGCGAGGUGAAGGAGAAGAAGUCAAAGAAAGACAAGAAAGACAAGAAGGGCAAGAAGGGCAAGAAGGAGAAGAAGGAAAAGAAGGCCAAAAAGGAGGUCGUAGCAGACGAGGAAAAGGAGUAG